AUGCUCUUAAAAUCAAGUGUCAUAGCACUUCCCUCUAGAGGGAGUGCGCCAUUUAUAUUGAAAACUGAAAAUGAAUUCAAGUAUGUGACCAUACUCAGCCUUGGAGCCAGAAAUGAAGAUAUACAAAACCUUGCACAAAGUCAAGAAGCAGCCACAGCCUGGGUUACUGCUAAUGUGCAGACUUGUGCAAAUAGUGUGAAAAUCGGAUGGAUCACUGUUCAUAACGAGGGGAUUCCAGGAUCUUCUGCCGCUUAUAUUGAUGCAUUAUCAGUCUCUUAUCCGCCUUCAGCAAGAGCUUUCUCUAAUGAGGCAGUGGAUUCCAUGCACAACAUUGUACAGUAUUUUGCAUAUGCAAGUUCAGAAAAUGCCGAUUCCCUUCUUGGUGAACGGUCUAUCCUUACUUUUGCAUCUGACCUAGAUCAUGUAUCGUUUGACAAUGACAUGUUCAAGGCAACAGACCAGUGGUCGAUGGAAAGUUAA